GACUUCACACAAUCAUCGUUUGCAAGCACUGACUGUUUUGUUGGACUCAAAAUAAUUGGGAGGCCUGGAGGCGAGACACGAGCUGCUACUUCUGGAUGGUCUCACUGUUUUAGAGCUGCUUUCAGUUGAAGUAUUCAAGACCGAGAGCUCACGCUCUGGGUUCAUAGGUCCCGGAGCCAUGUUACUACGUGAAAUGCUCGCCACUUCACAUUUUUCUUUGCCAGACAUAUAUAUCUAGCUCUUGCUCAGCUGCAGCCUCACCAGGUAUGUCGCAGAAUAAGACGACGGUGUCGUCAACGCCAAAGAGCUGUCCGGAAUGUGGUUCUAUCCUUCGUUACUGUCGUAUGAGCACAGAUGAUGCACUCUACUUGUGUAGCAAAGAGUCGUGCGCCUACCCCCUGCUAUCGCCAUCGCUAUCUGCAUUGUUUGUCAAGAUACCGGACUCACAGAAACUUCAAGUCACUACAAAGCGCAAGGCCGCUGCAUGUAGUAGCUCUGCAUCGUCGUCGCUGUCGUGCAGCCCAGCUUCGGCGAUGGGUAGCAACGUAGGCCAGCGCUCGCCAUCUCCCUAUUCCGCUGCGGCACCUGCGGAAAAACAACGGCGGCAAAGUGCACCGCCAUCAUGGUCACGCACGUCGUUGCCAUCAUUCAAGAAAACGCCUCCUUCAACUAGCAGCACCCCAUCGCCACUGUCGCUAGCUUCGAGUCUUGGAAGUCGAACCAGCUCUCCUUGCACCCCCAAGUUCAUGGAUCAAGACAGUGUUCCAACUCCGGAGGAUAAGCAGUGGCAGCCGAAUGCCGAUUGAUCUUCAGCUUUAAGCUGAAUAGUUACCGGCAGCUGCUAUAUGGACAAAUACAUCUGGUGUGUUACCACAUUUCAGAUCUUACACCAAGUAGUUGCACGGUUCAUAACACACUCUUGAUUUUUGUGGCGUCUUGGCAAAUACCAUCGUUGUUGACAACUUGAUUAUUAUUUGACCGGGUUAUUUUGAUCUACUAGUACCACCAGGCUGGGCCUGUAUUUGAUGAUUUUUAUGUUGCAAUCCCAAAUCUCCUGGACUCAUGUGGGGUUGUGUGGAAUGAUGUACAUUAACUGCACCUGCGGUGUAGCGGUGUAUUCGAAUACGGAUUAGUCCGCCAGUAUCUCAGACCGUAAUGUUGGUGAUGAUGAUAUUCCGGAACUGAUACCUUCAUCUUGUUUUCCCUAAUACCUUUUGACUACGUACAUAUGUACCCAUUGCCAAUCACAACCUGUACUCGUACAUGUACUUGUACAUCGGGGAGUCGUGGCAUCUACAUGAUGAGGGGACGGAACGAGAUCAUUGUACCCGAA